UCCUAGGCACUUCCUCUUAUAUCACACAGCUGGGGCCUCACUCCUCUCUCAGAGCAGAGAGUCCGGGUCCUCCGGGCAUACACUUGGACACAGCAGGCCCCUCAGGCCUCCAGGAUGCCCAUCCCUGCCUCCUGGCCCCGCCCUCCUCCUUGCCUGCUGCUGACUCUACUGCUGGGCCUUCCAGCCACUCUGAGCUGCACCGUGACCUCCUUUUUACCCGUGGGGUACAUCCAGUGGUUCAGAGGGACAGGGACAGGCCGGGAGUUAAUCUACAGUCUCAGAAGAGGCCACUUCCCCCGAGUAACAAAUGUUGCAGACACCACGAGGAGAGACAACAUGGACUUUUCCAUCCGCAUCAGUAACAUCACCCCAGCAGACACGGGAACCUACUACUGUGUGAAGUUCCGGAGAGGAGGUGGUGAUGACACGGAGUUCAAGUCUGGAGCAGGCACUCAGCUCACUGUGAGUGAUCAGGUAAGCUGAGGUCUGGAGAUGUCAUGCUAUUUGCUCAGCCACCAUGGUUGGUC